AAAUUUUAUUAUUUCGCCAGUAUUUUUCCGGGUGGUACAAGUCUACCCCGAUCUGAUGCCUGUCUAUGGAAGUUUGACAAUCUAUGUUAAGGAUCCAACAGGAUUUGUUGUACGACGAUGGUUAGGACAGCAAACUAAUGCAGGAGGUAUUGUCAGCGAAAACUUUGAACUAGCAGAUCAACCAAAAUUUGGCAACUGGUCUAUAGCUGUCCAUGCUUCAAAUAUUAUAUAUGAACAUUAUUUCCGUGUUGAAGAAUUUUGGACUCCUCGUUUUGAUGUCAAUGUGACAGUGUCUCCAUAUUUCAUGGAUGAUGUCGAUUCCAUUGGUGGUGUUGUAAUGGCCAACCAUACAAGUGGCAAGGCUACAAUUGGUUCUGCUGUCAUUAAACUGACCAUAGUGCCACCAAACCAAAACUACCGUUAUAAUAGAACUAAUGACCAUUUACCAUCUUUACAGAAAGACGUGGAAUAUUUUAAUGGACGCAUUGACUUUCGAUUUGGAAUGUCAGAAAUCCUAAACCAAAUGAAGCAAAAGAUGUUCUCAAGCCUGAGGGACAGUGAACUUAUAUUUAAUGUAACUGUCUACGAUUGGUUCUUAGCUAUGUCUCAAAAUGGAUCAGCCACAUCUCAUUGUUUUAGUUCCAGAGUCAAACUUCAGUGGGUCGGAGAUGCAGUACGAAGUUUUAAACCAAAUACACUUGUCUCAGUCACUUUGGCACUAAUGAAGCCAGAUGGUAGCCGUGUUAACGAUGAGAAGAAGGAAGUAAAUAUAGAAAUUUCUGUGAAGAAUUUAAAUGGCAGAACAUCACCCUAUAGUUCUGAACGCAAGAAACCUGUAAAAGGUUUUGUUACCUUUAACAUAAAUGUCGGCAAUGAUGUAGAAAUUAUCACAUUUACGGCCUCCUAUGAAGACUCGGAGGACGCAAAACUGAUAGCAAGUCGAUAUUUCUCUGAGAGCCAGACUUAUAUUUCUGUUACAACAUCUACCAAGAACCCAAUGGUCAAUGAAUUUAUGGUGUUCCAUGUGACAACAUCUGCCUAUGUCGAAAAGGUCUUUUACCAGAUUGUUGCCAAAGGAAACAUUCUCCUGGGAGAUGAACUUGUAAUGGGAACCAGUCGUCGAAAGACCUUCUCUGUUGCUCUAUCAAGAAGAAUGGUACCUACAGCUCGUAUUGUUGUGUAUUUCAUUCGUUCUGCUAAUCAGGAGGUUGUUGUCGACGUCUUGAAUUUUUUCAUCAAUGGAGCUGCCAAUAAUGAAGUACGAGCAACAUUCAACCGUGGUAAAGAUUUCACUCGAGAUACCAUUGAGAUCAAUGCCUAUGCAGACCCAGGUUCCUACGUGGCCUUUGCAGCUGUACCCUAUGACCUGUACAUCCGAGGUAUGGGUGCUGGUAUCACACAAAACAAGUUGAUAGACGAGUUGUACACCUAUGAUGAACCUGCCAACAGCACUUACAGGCAUUUGUGGCGUGUCAGUGAAGCAGAAUAUAAAUACGUGUUCUUCUCAGCCAAUGGUUAUGGUAUGGAUGCCGAUUCCACUUUCUUGCGAGCUGGUCUUUUAAUCCUGACCGAUGCCAACGUUACACAAAAGUUCAAUACCUGUAAUACAGACCCCGACUACUAUCCGUGUUUCCUGUCCGGUUGCUAUUCUGAGCAACAGAGAUGUGACAAACGCUUCGACUGUGCUGACGGUGCAGAUGAACAUGAAUGUAAAUAUGAAACAAAACAAAAGUUGAUAACUGAUAUUGAUCGAGUCAGCAGAGUCCAGCGAUUCUAUGAUGAUAGUUCUUGGAUUUGGCAGGAAUAUUUUGUAAAGCCUGAUGGACGAGUUGAUUUCCGAAUUAAAACCCCAAAAUAUCCACUUACUUGGGUGAUGCAUGGUCUUUCUAUCAGUCGAGAUUUGGGUCUUGGAAUUAUGUCAGCACCAGUUAUGUAUGAUGCUUCUCGAUACAUGUACAUACAAGUGGAAGCUCCCACUUACAUUGUCAGGGGAGAACAGGUUGGAUUCCGAGUUACUGUCUUUAACUUUUGGGACAAAGAUGACUUCAUUGAGGUGUUGGUUACUGCUCAUGCUUCUCCGUAUCAUAAAUUUGUCCUUGUCGGAGAGUUAGGUUUAGUCCAGUCUUACAGUCCAGAACUGGCUGAUGGUGAUAUGCAGACUAUAGUCUUUCUGGAACCUGGACAGUCCAAAGACAUUUACAUGCCUAUUAUUCCAAUUAUUCAAAAUGGCUGCUUUGACGUGGAAAUCAGUGCCUCGUGUUUCAUGGAGAGGGACUACGUCAUACAUAGAGUUUGUGUGAAAUCUGAUGGCAUUCUCAAUUAUUACCACAUUCCCUAUUUGGUGGACUUGAUCACUCAGGCGUCGGUCAUUGUACCAAACUUUGAUAUUCCAAUUAAUGCCCAAUUUAUUCAACCAGAACAAAGAGAACAUGACUACGUUCCAGGUUCUGGUAAAGCUGCUAGUUACAUCUUUGGUGAUGUUGUUACUCCUGGAUUCUUUGAAGAAUACCUGAAUGCGGAAAACUUACUUUAUCGACCUUAUGGUGUAGCCGAGAAUAUUGCCUUCAACUUUGCAUAUAAUGUCCUGACAUUGAAAUUCAAAAAAGCCAGCAAGCAACUGAGUGAUGAAACUUUAAGAACUUCUUUGAAAUACCUGAAUAUUGCCUUGCAAAGAAUCCUGAGUUACAUGAAUGAAGAUGGCUCUUUCAGUAUGUCUCGUGAUCGUCAAAAGAAAAGUGUUUGGCUAACUGCAUUUAUUGUGAAAACACUUUAUGCUGCUCGUGAAGGAGAAUGGGAGAAUGAUUUCUUUGUUCCAUUGGAGCUUAUUAAGACUAUGGUUUCAUGGCUUUGCGCUCAGCAGAAUGACACUGGCGUUUUUGAUACCGAAUACUAUGUCUACGAUCGUAAAAUGUCUUCAAGAACAUCAUGGCAAAAUAGCAUACUCCAAAUGGAUCCUAUGGCUCUCACAGCCUAUGUCUAUAUCGCUCUACACAGUGUCAGCAAAGGCACAAAUGAUGCCGGUCCCUGUGCUGUGACUGCUCGUAAUACAGCUGCUCAAUACCUCUCACAGCACUCUCACACAAUAAAAGACGAAGACAUUUUCACAUUAGCCAUUACCACUUACGCUUUGUCCUUAUCUAAUCAGAAAAGUGCAGCGAUUUAUGACAGACUCUGGAAACUGCAUAAAGGCGAUGAGGAAAAAUAUUUCUCUGAACCUGAUCGUCCAAUCCCAGCAAAUCCAUCGAAGACAAUUGACAGCAUUCGUUACUUGGAACCUCGUGUUGAGCAAAUCAAUGAUGCAUUCAGUGUCCAGACAACGGCUUAUGCUCUGUUGGCACAUAUUAAACUUAACCGAAAUAAAGAAAACCGUGAUUCCUUAAUGAAAUGGCUGAACUCAAUGAGAAACACUGUUGGCGGGAUGUCCUCGACCCAGGACACCAUCACUGCCUUGGAAGCUCUCUAUCAAUACACCCAAGUGGAUCCCAAUCGAAAUGUCUUCAACAUGGAACUCGAUGUCUGGUCGGUGGCCAAUAAUAACUCGAAGAAGCUGGUUUAUAUGACCCAAAACAACUAUACACACAUGAGUAUUGUUAAGGUUGGACCUCAUGUUUACAGUUAUGUCAGAGCUCAAAUUCUGGGAACAGGACGAGCAAUGUUUCAGCUGACCAGUACGGUUAACGUAGAAUACAAACAUCAGCUAAAGCAGAGCUCAGAGAGCGACAUAUUUGAAAUAAAGAUUGCCCAGCUAAAGUUCACUGGUCGAAAUGAUUCCAUUAUGGACAUGAGGAUCUGCGUAAGUUGGAAAUUUACAACCUGGUCACUGGUUUCAGGGAUGUCCGUUUUGGAAGUUGACAUUCCUACUGGAUAUGUGAUAUUAAACUCAACCCUUAGACAAUACGUACAAAGUGGUAUUGUACCAAACCUUAUACGAGCAGAAAGUUACAAUCGUAAAAUUGUAUACUACUUCGAAUCGCUUGAUCAGAGCUCCUCUUGUGUAGACUUCCGAGCCAAUCGUUGGUACCCUGUCGCUAAUGCUACCAUACAGCACAGGAUUCGUGUUUAUGACUACUAUGAACCAGGGCUUUACCGGACAACUUUAUACAUCACCAAUAAUCUGUUCCAACUGAAUAUUUGUUACGUGUGUGGUUCCUUUCAGUGUCCUUACUGCCCUCAGUUCAACACGGCAAACAUCAUCAAGUGUACGGUCACCAUCUUCUGCCUCCUCCUCUCUGUUUUCCUACAACGUUACAUGCUGCGGACAUCUUGAAACAGUUAAUGUCCUUCAACUUUAACACACGCACGCACCCACACACACACACACACAAGUAAAUAGGAAUGGUAAACAAAGGAGAGAAUAUAUUAUUUUCCCAUUGAUUUUAGUAAUCUUUUGUAAAAACCAAAAAAAAAAAAAGAAAAAACCCGUAAUUUUAAAUAUGUGAGGCACUUUCAUAUGUGUGUGUGUGUGUGUGCACAAGUUUCAUGUGUGUGGGUAUGUGAUUUGUGUGGAUAAAACUAUGUGUAUACAUAAAAUAUGUAAAAAUCAUAAGUGUGUGUGUGUGUUAGCUUAUAUAUAUGCAAAUCAUACUUUUAUAUAUCUACACACACACACACACACACACACACGUGUAUAGUGUGUGUGUGUACAGUGUACUUGGUAUGCCUACCUCAAAAGAAUUAUUUGUAAUCAGAGAAUAACAAUUCUAUUGUGGAUAUCCAUAUAAGUGUGCGUGUGUGUUUGUCAUUCAAUGCAUUUGGUUUUAGAGUUCUAUGUAUUUAAUAAGUCUGACUCGGUUCCACAUUGGUAGGCAUAGGAUAUGUCUGUCUAAUGUUCUGCACCCAUGAAACUAAUAUGGAACCGAGUCAAACUGUCAUUAAAUAACACACACACAUGCAUUUAUAUAUAUAUAUAUAUACACACACACACACACACACACACUUUCUGGAGAUGAUUUUAUUUUCAUCUUUUUAACCAUUUUUGAUUCUAUAUAUAUAUAUAUAUAUAUAUAUAUAUAUAUAUAUAUAUGAUAGACAUAUAUAUAUCAUAAUAUACACACACAUGCCUAUAUAUAUAUAUGUAUUGCUUUUUUUAAUUAAUCCUUUAUUUUAAAGAACAAUGUUAAUGAAAAUUUUUAUAUCUUGGAAAGGUUUUAGCCAAUCAUAGUAUUAAGAUUUGCGCUUGAAAGAAUUAUGACUGAAACAAGCAAUAGAAGGUGUCCUUUUCGUAUCAGCACUCUACUUCUCUUCCUGUGAGUAUAAUUCCAUAUGCAUAUAUAACUUUGGAGCAAUAUUUCAGUCUCAUCAGAUUAAUAAAUUUAGUCAGUCUUAGGUCUGUAAAAAAUUUAAAAAGAAAGAAAUUUCUUCCUGCAUUUUACAUUGUUUUUACAUUUCAUAGAUUUGAUAAUUAUUUUGUUUUGAUAGAAAAAAAAUCUUAUUUCAGUUUAAGAAGAAAAUUCCAUUCAUUGGUUUUUUUGGGUUUUUUUAUAUGGUAUUGUGAAGCUAGGAGGUUGGUGAGGAGGCACAAAGACAUAGACAGAAUCAUCUAAAUGAUUAGUAUUAUUGUAAUUAAUCUAAUGUAUUGCAAAACUAUUCUAUGUAUAUUUUAGAAUCAGAUGCUAACUUGCAAAACACACACACACACACACACACACACACAUGGAUUUGCACAUUUUAACUUUCUUUAGGUACUGAUCUGCCUGAGAGCUCUUGUGAUUUAAAUUAAAACUUCCCAUAAAAAUUGCAUAUUAAUUCAUAUUCCAAACAUAGAUUAACAAUGAGAAAGUAAUUUUAUUAAACUCUUCCUGAUUUAUCAAAAUUAUUUGAAACAAACGCAGUAAAUAUCAUUACCAUCAUGGUAACAAAUAGAACCAACAUGGAAAAUUAUUCUUUGUUUUUUCCUGCUAAAUUGUCUGUGUUUGUAUUCCUCAUGGCUUUAUUUGAUGAAAUCUCCAAUUUUUAGUUUUGAGACUUCUGGAUUUGAACCAUUCAUACAUGAACUAUUUUCAAACUCAAUUCCAUGUUUUUUUUUCUUUUCUAAGAGUUACCAAUAUGAACUCUGCCUUCUUUUUAUUACAUUCUUUACAAUGUUGUAACAAAUCACCAAACUGCAAAUAUUUGUCAGUGUAUAUUCAUUUUUGAUGGUUUAAUUUUAUUUUUAAUGGUAAAGCAUGUUUUCUUUCUUUAUUCUUCUUUUUUGAACUUGUACAGAAAAAUAUUUUCAAAAGAAUUAUUUUUUCAAUUGUAGCGAAAUUUUAAAUGUAUUAAAAAUAUAUUGAACGUAUUGAUUGCCUUAAUCACAGAGCAAACUUAUUGAAAAUUGAUUUGCAAUUUAUUGAAAUGAUAAUCACUAGCGAAUUAUAACACAUGAACACACAUUGGGAUGUACCACAUGAAAUAGUAUUUCCAUGUACCACAUGAAAUUUAUUUUUAAAGAAAAAUAUAAAUUGGAUUAAACAAAUUUAUUUUUUUUAAAUAGACUCCAUUAUGUUCGAUUUUUCUUUUCUUUUUUUUACCAUUGUAAUGUUAAAUUAGAUAUUUGUACUUAAAAAGAUGUAAACUCUUUGUCUUUAGGGUCUCUGAACUGUUCAAAUACUUUGGGAUUCACAAAUCUUUUAUUACAUGUCUUCAGUUCAAAGAUGGCAGUUUGUUGAUUUGUGCAGAAAAUUUGUGUAACCAAACUCUGAUAAUUUUUUUUUUUUUAUCAGUUUGUGAACAAACCUUGCUAAGCACCAGAAUUGGUCCAUCUCUGUUAACUAGAAUUGGCUGUUUUCAUUUCUGUUUUUCAUGCAAAAAGUUAAUUUUCUGGCUCCCAAAAAGGUAUCACGGAUUAUUACCCUUGUAAACCAUAAUACUGUCACCACAAACUUAUUUUGGACGAUUCUUGUUCACCAUCGCUACAUUCACUUCUCUCUCUGACCAUCUCUUACAUUAUUAUGAAACUACUUGCCCUCCUCUCUUGUGUUUAUUCCAUCAUCAUUUAAUGCCCAUUUUCCAUGCCAUCAUGGGUUGAACAGUUUGACUGUCAAGGCCAGGAGCUACACCAGGUUUCAUUGGCUGUUUUGUCAUGGUUUCUACAACUGGAUGCCCUUCUUAACACCAAACACAUUACAGAGUGGACAGGGUGCUGUUUAUGUGGCACCAACAUCAGUGCUGUUUAUGUGGCAUCAUCAACAGUUCUCUUCUUAAUUAGUCUUUAUUUAUGAUAGACUUUGUUUUCCCUGAUGGCUGGAUCACCCUAAAAUUGCUGAAUAUGCCAUUGGCAUAAUCUGUGAGACAAUCUUUUAUAAUUAACCAAAUAAUUAAAACCUAUCUUCAAAAUUUCAUAUUCUAAACACCAUCUUCAUAAUGACAAAGUUAGUUCACUAAAUUCUUUAUUAUUUUCAAAGUUAAUUGAAACAAGAAAAAUUGUAUUUUAAUAGAAAUAUCGCAGGCAAAGGGUUAGAACAGUUGUCUCCAAAAUGCCAAAUCGAAUGUUUUUGGAGCAUCAGUUGCCUUAUAUCCUAAUUUGGUGUUGGAUGAAAAAAUAUUCAGAAGUUGUUUGUUCGGUCACCAAAUCAUUGAUGAUUCUAAGACAAAUACAACCAACAUCUAUGAGAUAAGUACUGCCUGAAACAUGAAGCCAAAUGAAUUUAAAAGUUAGUCAUGGAUUAAUCCAGUAACUACUUUCUUUAAUAUGUAUAAUAAUAAUGAUAAUAAUAAUAAAACCAUAGCUUUUGAAAUUCUUGGUGGUGAAAAUGACAUUCAUGUGGUAUACUUUAACACACGUAUAUAUGUGUGUGUAUAUAUAUAUAUAUAUAUAUACAUACAUAUAUAUGUGUGUGUAUAAAAAUGUGUAUGCAUGUAUAUUUGUGUGUGUGAAUGUAUAUAUAUAGAUGUAUAUAUGUAGUUGAAAUUUCUUUUUUACUUUUUUUGUAUAUUUUACCCACUUUAAUUUGUUUAGAAAUUUAAUUAUAUUCAUGCACACACACAUACAUACCCCUAUACAGACACUUGCAAACACAUGCCAAGGUACCUUUUGUUAAUUAAUCUGAUCAUGGAUAUAUAUAUACAAACACACAUAUAUAUAUAUGUACUGAAAGUAUGAAAAUAUAUUUUUUUCUAUUUUUAUAGAAUUUGGCCAUUAUUUUGUACAUUUUGUUGAAAUUAAUACAAUUUUUGUAAUAAAAUAAAAUAUAAAAAUAUUUAA